CAUUAUGGAUAUUUUUUGUGACUUUAGACUUUGAUAAAAUUAGUUCAGACGUGAUUGCUCUCCCUUGGCUAGUUGGGCAUGCGCAAUUAAUGUUAUUUUAGGGCUAUUUAACCGAGCUAGUCGCCAUUAGCAUUCUAGCCAUGAAGAUAUGACAGUUGGCGACAUUAUUUUACUUUCAAUUGCAAUUGUUUUUCUUGGAGGAUGUAUAGUAUCAUGGCUUAUUCACAUUAUAGCUCUUGUUUAUGCAAAGGUAAAACUACACCGAGCCGCGCCAGCUGUUUGCCCGGAAGACCUCCAGGGAAUCUCUGUGAUCAAGCCUCUUGUCGGUGUAGACUCUAACCUGUACUAUAACCUGGAAACUUUCUUUAAAAUGACAUACCCUAAGUUUGAGCUGUUAUUUUCGGUGCAAGAUGAGCAGGACCCAGCAAUCAUGAUUGUUCAAAAGCUCAUUGAAAGAUACCCCAAAGUGGAUGCAAAGCUUUUCAUAGGAAUUCAGUAUGCUGGCCCAAAUGGGAAGGUGAACAACAUGAUGAAAGCUUACCAAGCCUCCCGCUACCAUCUCGUCAAUAUUUCGGACAGCUCAAUACAAGCUCCCCCUGACAACCUGUACGACAUGGUGGGUCACAUGACUGCUGACACGGGUGUCGUCCUCCAGAUGCCAUUUUGCUGUGACAGAAAGGGCUUCGCUGGCAUCUAUGAGAAGGUGUUUUUCGGAACAAUGCAAGCUCGGAACAUGUUGAGCGCGGUUGCCACUGGCAUCAACUGUUCUACUGGAAUGUCAUCUCUAAUUCGCAAAGAAAUUGUGGAGACUGCGGGAGGACUCGACACGUUUGCCAAGUACCUGGCGGAGGACUUCUUCCUAGCUCAUGAAGCAGUCUUACAGGGGUACAAGGUAAAGUUGAGUAACAAGCUGGCUAUGCAGAAUUCUGGUAUGUACAGUGUUGACCAGUUCCACAGGAGGCUGGUGCGCUGGAGCCAGCUCCGGGUGGCCACCGUCCCAACACUCAUCUUCCUGGAACCUUUGUCGGAGUGCUUGUUGCAAGGCCUGGUCAUGUCUCUGUGUUUCCAGUACGUGUUUGGCCUCUCGGCAAUGGCAUUCUUCCUGCUUCACAUGCUGCUCUGGUUUCUUUCCGACUACACACUUCUCACUUCCUGCCAGAACGGCCCCCUCCCCUUCACCAAGUUUGACUUCCUGUGUGCUUGGCUCCUGCGUGAGUGCACCACAUUUUACCUCACUCUGAAAUCUCACAUGACUUCUGUAAUCGUGUGGCGGCAUCGAAAGUAUCGCCUCAAGUGGGGAGGGACCAUUGAGGAAAUCUGAAUUAUUUCUCUUUUAGUUCGAGACAGCUCAUCAUGUUUUCACAUUAUUGUCUUUGUGCCUGAACUGAAUCUCGAAAGAUCAUACUGCUUCUUCAUCAUUCAUGUGGAAAGGAUCAUAUUUCUGUUUUUGUGUCUUGAAAUCGCAUUUUUGUUAACCAUUUCAUCUCGCAAAGAUUUUUUUAUAUAUUUUAAUUGAUGUUGACACUGCAUUAAAAAAUUUUUGUCAUGUAAGCAGCAUUUUAAAUGGAUUUUUUUAUUGAUUUAAUCAAUAUUAAUGGUCAUAUAUGCAUUUUAUUGCUUUAAUUAAAUGUUUUAAUUAAGAGUGUAUACAUACAUUAUGAUUUAUAUGGAUUAAGAAUAGUUCACUUUUUUUUAAUCUAAAACGUUUGGCAGAAAUUAAACAUCUUUAAUUUAUUGUUUAUAUUUUAAUGAACAUGAAAGUCCUUAGAUGACUAGUGAUGUAUUUUGGUUGUUGGUAUUGAAACAGUCACAGAAGAUUUUUAUCAUGUGUGAACUGGUCUUUUUUGGUAUUUGUAUCUAUGACAGUGCUCAGCAAUGCAAUUUUUGUGUGAAUAACGGCAUAAGUUAAAUAUUACAGUUGUUAUUUAUAUGUCAUAAUAUAAACAAUUUCAAUAGUGCUGAUGUAUGUGUGACUUACUAUUUUAUGGUAGCUAUCUUUUCAAUGUACCGUAACUUUAACACCUUAAUGAUUUUUAUGUGAUAAUUGGUAUCUGGUAACAAUUCUAUAUAGCAUUAAGCCAUUUGUAUAAACAUGUUGCAAUUACAUGACCAACUGACCAAAACAGUCCGGACUCUCUGUUUUCUGUUUGAGAAUUUAUGAAGGAAAAUCAAAAUUAAUCUAGAAAGACAAAAAGAGCAAAGCAUCUAAAUAAUUUCCUUCUUCCAACUAUAAAAAUUUGGGUUGGUCAUGCAACAGCAAACAAACAAUUCUUGAGUAUUGCCAGUAGGCUAGAGGUGCUAUUCUCCUUCCUGUCUUGUGGGCGUGUCUCUGUGUUGCCGUGGAAACGGCACUGUUCGACCCUGCCAACCCCGGCAGUGGCAUGACAACAGAACAGAGACUGGUUCCCGGAGACAGGGCUGGAUAUGUGUUGAAUGGGGGGAGGACUUCACAGUAAUAAAUGAUCUAUGUAAAUAUAUGAGUUGGUUAUGUGUUUGUAGAUUGAUUGUUAGGAAUCUUACAAUGGUAGCUUACUUACCUCUUCUGUAAAAGUGACUGUAUAUUCAUGUAUAUUUGCAUAUUUUUGCAAGAACCAUUAAGCCUUUGAUUGUCAAAAUCUUUUCUUUUUUAUUUCAUUAAAGUUCAGCAUUGCUUUGAAAAAAAAUGUAUUGGUUUUGUGUGUCCUGUUAGUAAAAUAAUGAAGUGUUUAUGUGUAUUUGCAAUGGACAUUUCCUGUAUGUGAAAGUGAUUGAAUGUAUAACAAAGUGAAUUUCUAAACUUUUUAUACAAGCCUUUAUCAAUCAUUGUAAAAAAUGCAAUCUAAAACUGUACUUUUUUCCUUUUUGAAUAUUGAUUUUGCUGUUAAUGCUAAUUCUUUACAAAAGGAAGAUAUAUGAAUAUUUGAUAAUAGUCGUAACAAAAGGAAGAUAAAUGGAUAUUUGAUCAUCUGAUUCAAGUUUUGCAAUAUAAAAAAACGCUUGGUUAUUCUCCCAAUGCUGUGUUUUUGGUUAAUUUAAGUACUGUAAACAUACUUUUGAAGGUUCAGACUAAGGCACAGGAAAUGAAUGAUAACCAAAGACGCAGUUUGUUAUCUGAAAGAAGUGAUUUAUGAUCAAAUAUCCGUUCCUAUUUGAAAAAAUGAACUUGAACACAUUUUUUGUUAGCAUGAAGUGGCAAGCAUAUGUAUUGUAUCUAUCACAGGAUAAGGACGUAGGGGUGGGGUAGUUUCCAGGGGGACAUGACCCCAUACAUAUCCAAGCUCAUUGUGACCCUGGGGCACAGGAUUCAAUGCUUCAGUGACUAAAUGAAACAUGAAAUUAUUAUGUAAUUAUGACAGGUAAAAGCCCAACAUACAUGAAUGAAAUGCAAGACUUAUUCUUAUCUCAUAACUUAAUAUUAAGCCUAUCCACAAAUCUAUACAUUUUAAAUUUUGACAUUGGACUGUUCUCUACAAGUGAUAUUUUAAAUGAGGUCACUGUCCAUGAAGUGAGAGUACACUUGUUAUAAAAUUUUAAUGAUGACAUUGGUUCCUGAUUUUAGCCAAUGAUAAAGUCAAGUUUACCACUCUCUGAUUCAUGGUCAUUGCCAUGAGUAUGGCCUACAUUCAUGAUGUCUGCGCUGAUAUCUUUAUGAUGUCUGUGUCAAUAUCUUCCUGGAUGUUAUCUGCCAAUUAUCUUGUCACUGUUCAGGUUAUUGUCAUCAGUUGGGCAAACUUUGAUAACAUGUCAUCAUCCCAUAUCAAAAUACAACCCUUACUGCGGCUCUGAUAUAGUUAUCAAAGUCGGUGACAGAUAGACUUGCACAUUUUAAUGUGGUACAGGUUGGCAAUUUGAACAGGAUCAUGUCAUUUAUUAGUUAAACUUGCAUGCCUAUGUCUAGUUCAUUUGCAAAAUACUGAUAACCUAAUAUUGAAAUAUUGGUUAGGCCUGGAUGAAGACAGAUGCAUCAGAGUAAGUUGAAUAACUCAGUCUAACUAUUCGUAAUAUGAUUAAUUAGGUAAACAUUGCACAGGUCAGUGUUUUUCCAUGGUUUGUACGAUAGUACCUUAUUAAUAUUAAAUUGAAGCAAUAAGCGUUGAAGCAUUGAAUACUUGGGUGCCAGUUCUGGACACAGCCUGGUUAGUAGCAAGUGUUCUCCCAGCACUUGUGUGGCAUGAUCGUCCCCCUGGGGAAGGGUGCCCUGUAGCAACUAGUAGUAGCUGUAGCAAAUCAACCAACAAGUUCUUCUUUUACAGCCAAUACCAACCAACAUAUAUAUAUAUCAUUUUCAAAGAAAAUAUGUAUUUUAAGUUUGAUGGAUUUUUUUACAAUGAAUUAUAUUAAUUAUAUAAUACAAAAUAUAUUGUUUAUUUUUAUUUUAUAUACAUGUAUACUGCCAUUUCGGUUGAUUAAUAAGGACAAUAAAGUGUGUAAAAUUCA